GGACAUCGGUGAACGUCGGCCACGCUCGGUCGGGACACUGGUAUCACUAGGUGAUGAUCAUUUCGCUGCAGGUACGGGCAGGUUGGCGAUGAGAAUUGAGAGAAAUCAGAGCUAUUUCGGCGAAUUCAGCUACAAAAAAAGCAUUUGCCGGGAGAAAAAAAUCUGUAAAACAGUUGCAGACAAUUAAAUUAUUUAGUAGUUACCAAAAAUUGCUGACCUGAAGAAUCAAGUAGCUGCUUUUGAGGAACACGUACUUCUACACGGUGAGUGAUUUCUCGAUUGAGGCCUGAGUGGAUCCAAUAGUACGAUGGAAUGCACGGAGAGUGAGAAUCGUAGCACCGAAGGAGUCAACUUCUCGACUGAGUCAAGUUACUGACGAAUUUAUUACCGAAGCACUUGUGAGAGCGUCUGGCCGAUCCAUCUCUCUUCUUCAAACAAACCGAGAUCCCUCGGUGUCGUGCGUUUGAGGCGCACAGUGGGCUCUGGACGUGGCGCUCUCGGUUGGAUGAAAAGAACUAGGAGCGAGGGAUGUACCAGUGGCUUACGAAAACGUCUGCCGACGAGCGGGAAGUAAAUGGCUCGGCGCUGGCUUGGUACCAACGACAAUCUGGGUUAACACCGGGAAAUCGUGUCCUGUCAUGAGAGAAAGAGUGGACCAACCACCGAGAAUCGAUUUGGAUCCAUGAAUGUGACUCUACUUGCCCUAAAAAAUUGUCGCCAUUUUCUGGCAAUCAUCCGUGGCUUUCAUGAUGUGUUAUCAGCUGAAUGGAUUGUCCGCAGCUCUGAGGGUUCAUUCAACUCCAGGGCCAACAUACCGAAACCUACCGCUGUUCAAUGGGCAACAACGGCGAUGGAGCGUCGGCUGGGGUGAUAACUCAGAAGAUCAAAGUGAUCAACCUUGUGCAAAGAAAGUGAAACUACACUAUGGUAUACUACCAAGUCAUCAUUCCCAACAAUCAUCAGAAGGAUCACAAAAUAUUAUUAUUAAAACUGGACGUCACCCUGAUCAGUUAAACACAAGGCAUACUAUCAAUGUUGUGUCAGACUUUAUUAAUCGAAUAGUACCAGACUAUUUUAAACUAUUGCAUCUAUUGGAAAUGUGUGUUCUUCACAUGUUAAACUACAAGACGGAAGUGAAUUAAUUAUGAUUGUAAUAUACAUUUCACCUAAUAACAAAAUGGAUCAUCUCAUUUCAUUUUUACAUGAAAGGUUAUUUCCUUAUAGUCAAACAGGUUCAAUAAUUCUUAAAGCGAAUAAACAUAAACUACCAUUAUUUUUAGCUGCAUAUUUCAGUGUAAAUUUUGCAAGAGCUGAAUCAAUGCCAUUAAUGACAUUUCUUCAAAAAGAAUUUCAAUGGCAAAUCAAUAACGAUCCAAACGAAUCUACUACCAAAUAUGGAACCACAAUAGAUGCUGUAUUUGUGAGAUAUCUUGAUGGUGUUUCAUCCAAUACUUUUGUAACGUACUUUAGUUAUCAUCGAUCAAUCGUCACAGUAAUACCGGCAGAGGAAAAAUCGAAUAUAACUAUUAUUGAAGCCACAGAUGAAAAUAUUUAAAUUGUGGCAACUUGAUACUAAUAUCGAAUUUUUAUAUCAUGUAAAUAAAUGUUUAUUAAAUAAAGUUACCAUUUACUGUAAGAAUCUCGUAAUACUUCAUUUUUUCAUUAGGCUAUAUUUAAUUCCUGUAAUAAUAUUAUCUUUUAUGCAUAUUACUUGUACACACACGAU